AUGACUCGUAAGUUGUGUCAAGUAUCAACUUUUAUCAGUUCGCUGGGUAUCGUCAUGGCUCUCGCUUCUAGAGGUAUUUUUGUUGUUGGCGCGAAAAGAACUCCAUUUUGUAAAUAUGGCGGAUCUCUUAGAGAAUUGCCAGCCUCUUACGCAUACGCGGCUACGGCAAAGGAUGCAUUGAAUUCAGCCAAUCUUGAUGCUAUAUUAAUAGAUGCUACAAUUGUGGGAAAUGUUAAUUUUCUAAGUCAAUGUGAUGGCGGUAAAACUCCAAGGUAUUGUGGAUUAUACUCGGGGGUUCCUAUUGAAAAAUCAGCAUUAGGAGUACAUAAAUCUUGCGGUUCAGGCUUGCAAUCUGUAAUUACAGGCGCUAUGGAAAUCUUGGCUGGCUCUGCCAAGACUUGUCUAACUGGAGGAACGGAGGCAAUGUCGUCUCUGCCAUUUUUAGUUCGCGAUGUGAGAUUUGGAACUUCUCUUGGAAAACCUUAUUAUCUAGAAGAUCACAUAAGAAAGCAAUUCCCUGAUAGCUACACAGGACUUACAUUACAAAAAAUGGCUGAGAUUAUUGGUGAAAGAUACAAAAUUAAUAGAGAUAUGGCAGAUGCGUAUGCAUAUAAGAGCCAUUUAAAAAGGAAGGCAGCACUAGAAAAUAAGUUAUUAAAAGAUAAGUUAACGAGUUUAACAGUAACGUUAAAAAAGAAAGAUGUAAUAAUUGAGAACGAUGAAUUGCCUGAAGUACCGAGCAUAGACGAAUUUAAUAGUGCACCUUUGCUACUUUCCGAUGGCAAAAUAGUGACUUCCCUUAAUUCUUCAGUUCCAGUAGAUGGCGCUGCAGCAUUAGUAUUGGCUAAUGAAGGAAUCGUAAAAUGUAAAAAUUUACAACCCCUAGCGAGAGUGUCGGGGUGGGCGUGUGUGGGGGUUGAUCCCUUGGACACGGGGCUAGCGGCUACUCCAGCUGUAAUGAAACUUUUACAAACUGUGAACCUGAAUAUUGAUGAUAUAGACAUAUUUGAGAUUAACGAAACAUUUGCUACUAACGCUUUAGCCACGAUAAAAGAGCUAAAAAUAGACGAAAAUAAAGUGAACACACACGGCGGAGCUCUGGCCUUGGGACACCCAGUAGGUGCUACCGGCGCCAGGAUGGCUGUCCAUCUUGUACAUCAGCUCAACCGUGGAGUAAAGCGAGCUAUUGCUGCAUCAAGCUGUGGAGGCGGUCAAGGGAUUGCAGUUUUGUUUGAAGCUGUU